AUGACCUCGACUAACGCUCCUGCGUUGUUUCCCAAGCCGGUUGGGUUCUCGGUAGAGUACUUCGACCCCGUCGCGAAGUCACUCAGGAGUUUUGUACUCACCGUCUUUCCGGACAGGAAGGUUCAGAUGGUGUGCGGCAACAAGACGUUUCUUUCCAAGACUUACGCCAAAGAUCUCGUCACAACCGACCUCUACAUCGGGGGCACCGUCGUUUUGUUUUCUCGCGAGCUUAGCAUCGUCGACUACGCGGACGAGAGCACCCGAAAGUACUACGAAAGCACCCAAACCAGAGGGUUCGUCGUGGUUCUCCCUUCCAUGGUCCGAUACCUCGGCGAUGUUAUCUCUUGUCUCCAAGACGGCGGCGGGUGUGAGGGUAACCGGCGGUGUCCCUCCGUUAUCAGCAACGCCAAGAUGUUCCGCCUGGAAGGGAGGGAGAAACGCCGAUCAGAGCUCCCGGUGCCAGACAUCGACAUGCCUCAGUCUGGCGCUGCUGUGGCGCUGGAGGUGAUCCUAGAUUCUCGGGAUCGGGGUUUCGAGGGACUGCUAGGCGUUGUCGAAAAGUGGCGCGAGCGCGAGGGGGGAGUUUUCGCGUCCAGCACGCCCGCCCAGGCGGCGGAGGACGCACGCCAAAUGUUCCAGAGCAACGGAGGCGGCGUCGAGCAGCAGCCGGCCGACGACAACGGCGAGCGAGCGUGCACGCUUUGCGUCGUGAAACCACACAUCGUGCGAGACGGAAAACUAGGCGGCCUCCUUGCCCUGGUGUCCGAACGAGGCUUCGAGGUCACGGGUAUGCAGAUGAUGCACCUCGGGGAAGUGGGCGCAGAGGAGCUGUUGCGGCCGUACCGCGGAGUGGUGUCAUACCAUGCCGACGCUGUGCGGCAUCUCAAGUCCGGAAAUUGCGUGGCGCUAAGACUUGAGAAAGGAGAAGACGUCGUGGAGGAGUUCAGGGAGGCGUGUGGCCCGGCAGACCCGGAAGUGGCGAGAGCGCUGUAUCCCGACACUCUGAGGGCUCUCCUUGGAGUGCAGCAGGCGACGAACGCUGUGCACUGCACUGAUCUGCCCGAGGAUGGCCUCCUGGAGUGCCAAUAUAUGUUCGGCGUUCUCGCGAAGGACCGUCAGGGGGCGUGA